AUGUUCGAUUCGGACGAGAACGACGAAAGCGAAGAAGAUGUGGAACAACAAGAUUUGCAUGAGGAAGACGUCAGAGAAAUAAAUCAGCAUCGUGCUUCCACGUCUCAUGACAGGUGAAAAACGUCCUAGUUCUCUAAUAAAGUUGUUUUCAGUUGGGGGAAGAUUUCCGUGACCCGUCCAUCGGGAAAAGAGAACGGCUUCAUGUUGUUCGCCAAAAACGAAGGCGGCCGAAUUUUUUAUCAGCGAUAUAAGAUGCGUUUUGAUGUCAAAAAAAGUUUCGACAUCGGAAAAAUGGACGGGAUUUGGAGGGUUUUGAGACCGAUUUUUCUGGAUAAUACAAAGAGAGUGUUUUAGGAGCUCAGCGAGGAAGAAAAAGACAGGUACAAGCUUAAAGCGAAGCAAGCCAACGCCAAUGCCCCGGCCGUCGCGGUAUGAUUUUAUUUCGAUGAAGUUGAAAUCAAGAAAAUAAUGGAGGAAACUUGAGAAAGUUUGAGGGAAAGGAAAAUAUAAGCAAUUGUAGAAAUACGUUUUCAUAAAUAGAAAAAGAUCUAUAGAAGAAAAACGAAAAGAGGGAAAAUAAAACAAACUAUCGAGGAACCUCUAUUCUCAUUCUAGAGGGACUAACUGUUAUAAAACAGGAUCUCCGCGGGUGUGCCCUAAUUUAGCCCGCAUAAACACAUCUGGUAGAAGAACCGAGGCACAAAUAGCCUCCAAAACACAGGUUUUAUGCGGGAACACUCUUUGGGGCAGCGUGAGAGUUGUUCUAAAAUUUUUAAGAGUUUUCUAAAGGCCAAAAAGCUUUUUUCCAUGUUAUUCAGGUCAUCUGAGACUUUUGCAUUCAAAAAAACUUCAGAAAGAAAUUUCCAACCUUUUUUCAAAAACUUUUAGAGAAACUUUGAAAUUAAUUAUUAUUCUCACAUAGUUUUAAAUCUGCAGAAGCACCGAAAAAAACCUUGGCUUCUCGACGAGCCAAUAAUAAUUGGGAUCGUCCUCAGGAAUAUCUGGAGAAGAAGGUUUUUUCAAUAGUUUUGAAAAAAAAAAGCUAGUUUAAGCUCGAAAAAUCGGAAAAACACCGUGUGACGACCGUCCCCAAGUACUUGGUGAGACCGGCUCCUUCCGAAUUGGUAUCCAUUCAUUUUCGAGUUUAGUUAUAAGGUUAAUUCAUCCUCAGCCCUGCUACGAGGAUGACAUCGCCGAUUUCCGCAGUAAACAGGUGAAACGUCUCCAGGUUGGGCUGCAAAUCCGCAUUGAAUCAGGAGGUCUUUAGAACUUUCAGGGUCUUUCAUUUUUCAAAUGAAACAAAAAUUCAUAUCUCGGUAUCUUAAGAUUCAUUUAGUGUGUUCCGCGGUCGCGUUUCAAAGAAACUGGGAAAAUUUUUAGCGGCCACUAUAGUGGUCAAUGGAUCAACAUAACUGGUCCAAUCUGUUUGUUUUAAAAUUAUCACAGUUACUGGGAGGAAUACUGGAUGAAAAACUACUGAAGUGGCCACUAAAACGGAAAAUAGUGGCCACUAUAGUGGUGGGUUUAGUGGCCACUUUAGUGUCCUCUCCAAGUAGUCCUUGGCCAGCCUUUAUAGUGGCCAUUAAAAAUUUUCACAUAAAAGCAAAGGUCUUGAAGCGAAGUUUGGUCAAUUUUGAUUCAAUUUAGUAUACGGUCUUUUUUUGAAAAAAAGGCUUCAAAUUAGAACGGGAUCUGAAGCGAAGAUCCCUUUGAAACGUAAAAAAAAGCAAAAAUAUUAACUAUGAAACUUUGAACUUUCCAGUUCACCAUUUUUGAUUUAGUCAGCUUUUAAAAGUUGAUCCCCAUUUAGGCGAGAUGGGAGACAGGAAGUUCAUGGAACUCGAAAGACACCUGAUCUCCGUCUUUCCGAUCGCCUGCAACACGUUUUCCGUCGACGAAGCCGUCCAUGCCUAUCCGGCCGAAAUCGCGCUCACUACCUUCAGUUUCGAGCAAGGUUUUCAGUGUCCCCUUGAGCCGAAAGGCCAGAAUGAGGAAAUUUUGAGGCGUCAUUCAUAGCGAAUCCAAGUUUGUCAAGUUCGACCCGCAGUUCUUCUACAACUCGAGAGUCGAUGACCCCUUUGACCACAAAAACGAAACUUCGAGAGAGAAUUUCGGCAAGAAACGAGUUUUUGCCCGCGAAAUGAAUAAGGGAAUUUUGUAGCCCGUUUUCUGGGAGUCCCUUCAAGCGGGCCGCAGCCCGGGCUGGCCGAACCACCCGAUCAUGUCUGGGAAUGGAUCGAAAACUUUCUCCCUAGAGAUUCCAGUUACGUUUUCUACGACGCCCGCCAUCUCAUGUGGGUGGUGAGUGAUUUUUCGGCUUUUUUCUGAACAAAAAGUUGGAAAUUUCUCUAGUUUGAAAUAUAACUACUUGUCAAAUAGGAGAAGCCAACCAAUAACAAUGAGAAAAAUCUUUUUGAAAAAGUUUUUCUUUGAGCCACUCACACAUGCGAUGAGCAUGAGAAACCAAAGACUUUCAAAAAAAUUUUUAAAAAUAUGUCCCAGAUAGAUGUUUCACUUUACAGUUUUCACAGAUUUUUUUCCUGUUGAAAAAGUCCUUUAAAAGAACAUGGGUAGAUUUAAAAAAUGGUCUUGAUUCGAGAAAAACGUUUAAAUUUUUUUAUUUUAAAGUCGUUUUCAUCAGAUAAAAUACAACAAAGUUGUCAAAAAAAGGAUUUUUUUUCAUUUUCGCGUUUUAAAAACGGGCUCCGUUUCUCAGUUUAUUUCCCACCACAUAAAAUUUCAUGAUUUUUGCGAAAUUAAAGACAUGUUAUUUUGCUGCGAUCCUUAAUAUCAAAAAAAGUUUCCUUUUUCUGUAGUUUUUUUAACAAAUGAAGACGUCCUGCGGUUCAUAAGAUUUGAAAAAUGGGAUAAAUAUCUUAUUUUGAUUUUCCGACUUUCCAUGAGAAGAGAAUUCGUACAAACGAAGAGCUUUUUCCUUCUCAAAAACGGAUUCCAUCCGGUUUCAGCUGCCCGCUUUGAGAACUCUGGCAGCACGCUGCGGACCUGAAGUCAUUCAAAAGUUCAGAGGUACGGGAAAAAUUGGGUUUUUUCUAUCUCUUUUCUCUUCAGAUACCAUGGACUUCCUGAUCUCGCUUCAGGACUUUGUUAUCGCGGUUUCUACUCAAGUGGAGGUCGAAAAACAGUGGUCGAAAGAGCAAAUCGAUGCCCUUUUUCGAGUUGGUUACUGUUAUGAUGAAUGUAGAAAUAGAAUGUAGAAAUUCUAAGUUUUCUUCAAUAAAAAAGAAAAAAAAUUUCAAAUUUAUUGUUUUCACAAUGAAACUUGUUCUUCUUGGUCUGAUCCAGUUUGUAAAACCUUGAAAACCAGAAAAAAUCAGAAUUCUCAGGAACGCCAGAGUUGUCCCUCGAGAGAUUUGGGGAAAAAAGCCCCUACAGUGAAGUUUAAGUGGCCCUUUUAGGAUUCUGACGUCAAAAUCUCGAGGGGUCCCUAUAGUGGUCUUCAAUUUUUUUUGUAUAGAUUUGAAAAUUAAAAAUACAUGGAGGGACCGCUAGCUUCUACUCCUGAAGAGGGUGCUAACGGAAACCCCUAGAGUGGUCACUUUUGAAAGUUUUAGCGCCCUCUACAGGGAAGUGGGAGGGGCCGUCAAGGGCUCCUAAUGUUGCCCCUCUAGGGACCACUCGAGCGUUCCUAAAUUGAUGAAUUGAUAAAUUUUCAAAAAAUUUAACCUUCGCAAAAAAUUGGAAAAAGUUAUUUUUGUUGUAUUACCGAGAUAAAAGGAAAAAAAAACAAAAAAGAAAGAAAAAAAUGAAGAAUUUCAGGGAAAAAUGUUCAAAAAAUUAUCAAUCUUUGAACAACAAAAACACGAAAAAAUCAAUUAUGAACGCCUAUCUUUCCUCUCAAAUAUUCCUUUUCUCUGAAUCUCAAGCGCUUCAGAACCGCACGAUCAUUGGACACAACAGGAUGAGUUGUGAGUUCCACCAAAAACGAAGAACCGACCCCGAUUUACGCUACAUCUGUAUGAAGGAACACGGCUUCAUUGCCUGGUAAUGGAAAUAUUUUCCAAAAAAAGGUCAAAUCUAGAACUUCAGCCACCUUUUCUUCAAAGCCCUGAAUGCGGUCAAAAUGCCCCGCUUUGACUACAACGACGUUCAUAAAAUGUGUCUCGAGGGUCAGGAAAUCAAUAAUCGGAUGUGAGUUCUAGGUCUUAAUUAAAAAAAUAAAUAAAUAAAAAUUCUUAAAAAUUAAAAAAGAGGAUAUUUGAUAGGACAAGCACGGAAUGAGGGAUUUUUUAAACCACUAUAAAGGUUUAAUCGAAAUCCUCUUCAUGCUAGAGUCUUUUGGUCUGACUUAAUCAUCAAUUUUUGUUGAAAUUUCAAGUUUGCGAGUAGGUAAAGCAUACCCUUACUGUAUAAGAAUAUUUUUUUGUUUUUUCCACGGAUUCCGACGUUUUUCAGCCCGAACGCGCAGCCAAUGACCCGUCAGAACGUGGCCGAUAGUCAAAGGGCCCGUAUGGAAAGAUCCGAAGCGGCCCUGGCGAACGGCGAGGGGCUUCCCGAAGAAGAGACGUCGGACGCCGACGAAGAUGUCUCCGAAGGGAUGUCCGAACCCAGAAACGGUCUCUUUCCUCGAAAAAAAAAUACGUGCAUGUUCAAUUGCUUUCUCGAGUCAAAAGGGCUUCUGAAUGAAGCUCGGGAGUUUUUUUUCUCUUUUUGGAGCUACUAAAGGAAGUUUGAAAGCCCUAUCAAUUGAUUUUAAGCCUUCAGAAUAUCUCACUUUUUUUGAUUUUCAAUGAGUUUUUUUGAAAAAAAUCGUUAAUGAAUAAUUUUCAAGGCAUUAUGGAUUCUUGGCAGCCCAUGGAGCGACCCUCGACGCCUUGUUUGGAACUUUACCAUCCGGAGUUGGUUUUUUUUCGUUUUAAGAGCGUCAGAGUGGUCACUAGAGGGGCUAGGGCAAAAAACCCCUAUAGUCGGCUGAGUAGAGCUCCUUAUAAAAGUUUGGACCGAACGCCUAUGGUCUGUUCAGAUUUUUAAUGUCAAGUGCAAUGACGUCAUUCAAAAACACUCUGUGGAUGGCUCGCUCUUCGAUUGGUUUAUCGCACCAUUAGGGGCGGAGCUUGAGCGACGACUUGACAUUCAAAAUCUGAACAGCCUAUAUUCACUUAAAGCACUUAAAGCCUCUAGCGGUCUUUAAAUGCCCCCCCCCCUUGCUCUUAUUUUUGUUCCUCCAGAGUAGCCACUAACUAAAUCCCCUUAAAAGGCCACUUUUGCAAGCCCUGUAGGGAGAGGUAAGGCAGUCGUCUGAGUGGAACAUACAAGAGUCUAUACGGUUGCCCUCCAGUGAGCACUCUGGGGCUCCUAAGUCAAUCCUAUACUUUUUAACCAUGAUUUUCAGCGUUUCUGACAAGUUUUCGUUCGUCGACACGAAUGCGUUGAGCGAGCUGAUCAAGCUCUCCCGUAGGAAAUGA